AGCGAGGCCGGCGGGGAUCGCGGCUCCCGCCCCUGCAGCCGGGGAGCGCUGCGGAAAAAGCCGCACUCCGAGCCCAACCCCGCGGCAGCCGCUCCCCCUUCGCUCCCCGCCUCCCCCCGCCCUCGGAGCGAUGUCCCGGCGGAGCGGGCAGUGAGGCGGCGGCCGCCGAGGGACGCUCUGAGCGGGGAGAGGCGGGGGCACGGCGGGAAGCGCUCCGUCCCUCCCUUCCAGCUCUCUCCCCUCCCUCUCCCCGCGCCCGGGCGGAGCAGCGGCCGUUUUCCCUCGCCCUUCAUGCCCGGGCAGCGGCCACCGGCGGCGCUGCCCUCCGCUCCCGCCUCGCCGCCCCCGCCCUUCCCGGGCUCGCCGCCGCGCUAGGCCCGCCGGGCGGCCCCGCGCAGUGCCCUCCGCGGGCCCGGCUCUAGGCGGGCCGGAGGAUGAGCCAGCAGCCGGCGGGGAAGAUGUCGGCGGCUCCCCCGGCGGCCGAGGCGCUGGAGCCGGCGGCGGGGAUGCUCGAGGGCCGCCAGAGGAAGCUGGAGUCCAUGAUCCGCGACCCGCGCUCCCCGGUCAACGUGGAGAGCCUGCUGGAUGGCUUGAAUUCUUUGGUCCUUGAUCUGGAUUAUCCAGCGCUGAGGAAGAACAAGAACAUUGAUAAUUUUUUAAAUAGAUAUGAGAAGAUUGUGGAAAAAAUCCGAGCUUUACAAAUGAAAGCUGAAGACUAUGAUGUUGUUAAGGUGAUUGGAAGAGGGGCUUUUGGAGAAGUGCAGCUGGUUCGCCAUAAAAUGACACAGAAGGUUUAUGCAAUGAAGCUACUUAGUAAAUUUGAAAUGAUCAAGAGAUCAGAUUCAGCCUUUUUCUGGGAAGAAAGAGAUAUCAUGGCCUUUGCCAACAGCCCGUGGGUGGUUCAGCUAUUUUGUGCCUUUCAAGAUGACAAAUAUUUGUACAUGGUGAUGGAAUACAUGCCAGGUGGAGAUCUUGUAAACCUUAUGAGCAAUUACGAUGUGCCUGAGAAAUGGGCCAAGUUCUACACAGCUGAAGUUGUUCUUGCUCUUGAUGCAAUUCACUCCAUGGGCUUGAUACACAGAGAUGUGAAGCCUGACAAUAUGCUUCUAGAUAAGCAUGGGCAUCUGAAGCUGGCAGAUUUUGGCACUUGCAUGAAAAUGGAUGAAACAGGGAUGGUGCGCUGCGACACGGCCGUGGGGACUCCCGACUACAUCUCGCCCGAAGUGCUGAAGUCGCAGGGGGGCGAUGGUUACUAUGGACGGGAGUGCGACUGGUGGUCAGUAGGGGUUUUCCUGUUCGAGAUGUUAGUUGGUGAUACUCCUUUUUAUGCAGACUCACUAGUAGGAACAUACAGUAAAAUUAUGGAUCAUAAGAACUCAUUGCAUUUCCCAGAUGAUGUGGAAAUCUCUAAGCAUGCAAAGAACCUUAUUUGUGCCUUUUUAACCGAUAGGGAUGUGCGACUUGGGAGAAAUGGGGUAGAAGAAAUAAAGCAUCACCCUUUCUUCAGAAGUGAUCAGUGGAACUGGGACAACAUUCGAGAGACUGCUGCUCCUGUUGUUCCUGAGCUUAGCAGUGACAUAGAUAGCAGUAAUUUUGAUGACAUUGAGGACGACAAGGGAGACGUGGAAACCUUUCCAAUCCCCAAAGCCUUCGUGGGAAACCAGCUGCCUUUCAUAGGAUUUACCUACUAUAGAGACAAUUUGUUGCUAAGUGACUCCUCUCAGUCUUGCAGAGAGAACGAAUCUGUGCAAUCUAGUAAAAAUGAGAAAAUGCUAUGCAAAAACAUCUUCUCCAGUGGAAAGUCUCUGGCUACAGAGCACAGCAAAGGGCCGUUUCAGAAAAAACUAAGCAAGCUAGAAGAACAGCUCAGUAAUGAAUUACAAGCCAAAGAUGAACUAGAACAGAAAUACAGGUCUACAAGUGUUCGUUUAGAGAAGAUAGCAAAAGAGCUGGAUGAAGAGAUAACUUCAAGGAAGAAUGUAGAGUCUGCAGUCAGGCAGUUAGAGAGAGAGAAGGCUCUUCUUCAGCAUAAGAAUACAGAAUACCAGAGGAAAGCAGAACAUGAAGCAGAUAAGAAACGCAAUUUGGAAAAUGAGGUUAACAGUUUGAAAGACCAACUUGAAGAUUUAAAAAAGAGGAAUCAGAACUCUCAAAUAUCCAAUGAAAAAAUCAGUCAACUACAAAGACAGUUGGAUGAAGCCAAUUCUUUGCUGCGGUCAGAGUCUGAUACUGCAGCCAGGUUAAGGAAGAACCAGACAGAAAGCACAAAGCAAAUCCAGCAGCUGGAAAUUAAUAAUAGAGAACUACAAGAUAAGAACUGCCUGCUGGAGAAUGCAAAACUCAAACUGGAGAAGGAGUAUCUCAACCUUCAGUCAGCUCUAGAAUCAGAAAGGAGAGAUCGAAGUCAUGGAUCAGAGAUUAUCAGUGAUUUACAAGGUCGAAUAUCUAGCCUUGAAGAAGAAGUGAAAAAUGGAAAGAGUGCAUUAGCCAAACUGGAAAUGGAGAAAAGACAAUUGCAGGAAAAGCUCACAGAUUUAGAAAAGGAAAAGAGCAACAUGGAAAUAGAUAUGACAUAUAAAUUCAAAGUCAUGCAGCAGAACCUUGAACAAGAAGAAGCUGAGCAUAAAGCCACAAAAGCACGCUUAGCAGACAAAAAUAAGAUCUAUGAGUCUAUAGAGGAAGCAAAAUCUGAAGCCAUGAAAGAAAUGGAAAAGAAACUUUUGGAAGAAAGAGCUUUAAAGCAGAAAGUAGAAAAUCGGCUGUUGGAAGCUGAGAAGCAGCGCUCCAUGUUGGACUGUGAUCUCAAACAAUCACAGCAGAAAAUAAAUGAGCUCCUUCGCCAGAAGGAUAUACUAAGUGAAGAUGUAAAAAACUUGACAUUAAAAAUAGAGCAAGAAACGCAAAAGCGCUGUCUCACUCAAAAUGACCUCAAGAUGCAAACACAGCAGGUCAACACCUUGAAAAUGUCGGAGAAGCAGUUGAAACAGGAGAAUAACCACCUUCAGGAAAUCAAAUUAAGUCUGGAAAAACAAAAUAAUGAACUGCGCAAGGAACGUCAAGAUGCAGAUGGACAAAUGAAAGAGCUUCAAGACCAGCUCGAAGCUGAACAAUACUUCUCAACUCUCUAUAAGACACAAGUUCGAGAACUUAAAGAAGAAUGUGAGGAAAAGACCAAACUUUGUAAAGAAAUGCAGCAAAAGAUACAAGAGUUACAGGAUGAGAGAGAUUCCUUGGCUGCUCAGCUGGAGAUCACUUUGACAAAAGCAGAUUCAGAACAACUUGCCCGUUCCAUUGCUGAAGAACAGUACUCUGAUUUGGAAAAAGAGAAGAUUAUGAAAGAGUUGGAGAUUAAAGAGAUGAUGGCAAGGCAUAAACAGGAACUUGCUGAGAAGGAUGCCACCAUAGCCUCGCUGGAGGAAGCAAAUAGGACACUAACUAGUGAUGUGGCUAACCUUGCUAAUGAGAAAGAAGAACUAAACAAUAAACUGAAGGAAGCACAAGAACAAAUUACAAAGCUAAAAGAAGAAGAAGCAAAUGUAGGAAAUAUUAAAGCUCAAUUUGAGAAACAGUUGUUGAAUGAAAGAACGUUAAAAACCCAGGCUGUGAAUAAGUUGGCUGAAAUCAUGAAUCGGAAGGGUCCAGUCAAACGUGGAGCUGACACCGACGUACGGCGGAAGGAGAAGGAAAAUAGGAAGCUGCAUAUGGAACUGAAGUCUGAACGAGAAAAGUUAACCCAGAUGAUGAUCAAAUAUCAGAAGGAAAUAAAUGAAAUGCAGGCACAAAUAGCAGAAGAGAGUCAGAUCCGGAUUGAACUGCAGAUGACUCUGGACAGCAAAGACAGUGACAUUGAGCAGCUUCGUUCCCAGCUGCAGUCACUGCACAUUGGGCUGGACAACAGUAGCAUAGGCAGUGGACCUGGAGAGGCUGAGGCAGAUGAUGGAUUCCCUGAAUCAAGAUUGGAAGGCUGGCUAUCAAUGCCUGUUAGAAAUAACACUAAAAAAUUUGGAUGGGUUAAAAAGUAUGUAAUUGUGAGCAGCAAGAAGAUCCUGUUCUAUGACAGUGAACAAGAUAAAGAACAGUCUAAUCCCCAUAUGGUAUUGGAUAUAGACAAACUCUUCCAUGUCCGACCAGUCACUCAGACUGAUGUGUACAGGGCAGAUUCCAAGGAAAUUCCUAGGAUAUUCCAGAUCCUAUAUGCUAAUGAAGGAGAGAGCAAAAAGGAACAGGAAUUUCCUGUGGAGCCCAUGGGAGAGAAGUCAAAUUACAUUUGUCACAAAGGACAUGAGUUUAUACCUACUCUUUACCACUUCCCAACCAAUUGUGAAGCUUGUAUGAAGCCACUGUGGCACAUGUUUAAACCUCCUCCUGCUCUGGAAUGUCGCCGCUGCCAUAUCAAAUGCCACAAAGAUCACAUGGAUAAAAAAGAAGAGAUUAUAGCGCCUUGCAAAGUGUACUAUGAUAUUUCUACGGCAAAGAAUCUACUACUGUUAGCUAAUUCUACAGAAGAACAGCAAAAAUGGGUGAGCCGACUGGUGAAGAAAAUACCCAAGAAGCCUCCAGCACCAGACCCCUUUGCUCGAUCUUCUCCCAGAACUUCCAUGAAGGUACAGCCAAACCAGUCCAUCAGACGACCAAGUCGACAGCUUCCUCCAAACAAACCAAGAUUAUUUGAUCUGGCAUUUAAGGACUGGGAUUGGUCCUUUGAUGAUGUUGAUGAUAUUGAUGGUGAUGAUGAUGAUGACGAUGUUUUUGAUUUCUGAAGAAGUAUAAGGGGUAAAUCUAAAUAGAGAGGAAUGGAUUUGUUUGCCUUUGAAUACAGCAUGCUAUAUUGGAUUUGUUUCUCAAAGCAGAGAAAAUACAAGAUCUCAUUUUAAUAUUUUAAACAGUAAAAUGAGAUUGUGUUCAUCAUAUUGAACUUUUAGAGAAGUUGUUUUGAUUAAAACAAACUUGUUGCCUUUGUCAGUGUUUUUAUUUUUCUAAUUUUAGAUUUUUUUUUUCAAAAUUCAUGUCUGCCUGCCUGAAAAAAAAAACCAACCCAAGACUGUUGUUUUCAGGGUCAUUGCUCCUCUCUGAUGCUAAUACUGCUAACCUCAGCAGGGAAUAUUUGAAGGAUAGAAGGGAGAUGGUAGCAGUUGGAUGUUUAGCUGAAAUAGACUUGGUAUUUACAAACACUUUUCAUUUUUGAGCUUUGAAUGUAAACUGGUCUAUGGCUAGCAGACAUGAAAUCACUGGAGUUCUGCAUUUUGCUUUUCUAGCUCUUUUCUGAAGUGAAUUUGAUUUGGCUUUCCUUUGCAGUGCUGUGCUUUCUGGGUACCUAACCACGCUUUUGAAAACUGUGUAAACAAGCAGGUUUGCAGUUUCUGUGAUGUGUUUUCCUUGACUGCUUUAGAAAAACCUGGUCAUUGCAGUGAUCUGAUUUGUCCCAUGGCUUAAUUCUGGAUGUCCUGCAAAUAGCUUUACCUAUCUUAUAGAUCUCAGUAUCUGAUCAUUUCACAUGUUGAUGCAAUCUUGUAUUUACACAGAAAAAAACCCUAAAUGUUAAAUGCCUAAGAAUUGUUUUAAACAGUAUGUGAGAUGUGCCUCAGUGCUCAGGGAACUGAGGAACCAGCUCCUGCAGAACUUAACUGGCUUAGUGUUCACAGUAAUGAGCAUUACGUUAAUUAAAUAUACUGCAUCUUCUUGUAUUAAAAGCUUACUGAUCACUAAUCCUUCAGAAGUAACUAUUACUCUGUGUGUAUUGUACUUUACCCUCAUGUAUUGCAAGGGGGUUUAAUUGAUUUGGGAUUACAAUGUGUAAGGAUGUGCUAUACUGGAGUAAUGUUGCUGUUGGAUGCAGAGGAAAGGUGCUUCUCACAAGUACGGUGAGGAACCCAUCUUAAAUGAAGACUUUGAAGAAGUAUAUUUUUUGUCAGAUUUACAUUUCUGUUGCAUUUACUGACCA